ACAUACAUUACAUAGUUACAUUCAACAGACCUCCCUCCUCCGCCAUUUCAUUCAUUCAUUAUUGCAUGCUCUCUGUCUCAGUCACCACACUCCCCUCUUUCCUUUACCCCUAAAUCUAUCUUCUUUCCUUUCACCACCUAAUUCUAUCUCAUCUUCAUCCAAGAUUCUCAUACUUGUCAUUCCAACUCCUCCUUUUCUGGGUUCUCCAAAACUUCAAACCCUGACCCAUUUGGAAGGAAAGAGGGUAAUAGAUAAAAACAUCAAAUGGCUCAAAAUGGGCAGGUAAUCGACCCUGCUGUUCUUGACGAUAUAAUCAAUAGGUUAUUGGAGUUUCGCCAAGCCAGGACUGUUCGUCAGGUCCAGCUCUCAGAAGCCGAGAUCCGACAGCUCUGCACUGCUUCUAGAGAAAUCUUUCUCCAACAACCUAAUCUCUUGGAGCUCGAAGCUCCUAUAAAGAUCUGUGGCGACAUUCAUGGGCAAUAUAGCGAUCUUCUUAGGCUUUUUGAGUAUGGCGGUUUUCCUCCUGAAGCAAAUUACUUGUUCUUAGGCGAUUAUGUUGACCGUGGAAAGCAGAGUCUGGAGACAAUAUGCCUUCUGCUUGCGUAUAAAAUAAAAUAUCCUGAAAAUUUCUUUCUCUUGAGGGGUAAUCACGAAUGUGCUUCGAUUAACAGGAUAUACGGGUUUUACGACGAAUGUAAACGCCGAUUCAAUGUGAGACUUUGGAAGGUCUUCACAGAAUGUUUUAACUGUCUACCUGUAGCAGCACUGAUCGACGACAAAAUAUUGUGUAUGCAUGGCGGUCUUUCACCUGAUAUUACAAAUUUAGAUCAAAUAAGAAACUUACCUCGACCAACAGAUGUCCCGGAUUCAGGUUUGCUUUGUGAUCUACUAUGGUCUGAUCCUAGUAGAGAGGUUAAAGGUUGGGGAAUGAAUGAUAGAGGUGUGUCGUAUACUUUUGGUGCUGAUAAGGUUGCGGAAUUCUUGAUGCAACAUGAUAUGGAUCUUGUUUGUCGUGCACAUCAGGUGGUGGAGGAUGGGUAUGAAUUUUUUGCUGACAGGCAGCUGGUUACCAUAUUCUCGGCCCCCAAUUACUGCGGGGAGUUUGACAAUGCGGGUGCGUUGAUGAGUGUGGAUGAAAGCUUGAUGUGCUCCUUCCAAAUUCUGAAACCAGCUGACAAAAAGAUUAGAUUUUUAUGAAGAAGUAAUGGUAAGUCUUUCUGGUCCUUAGUUGAUUAAAAGGGAGGAGUGCAAGGGAUUUAUGUAUUUUAUUUACUUUUGGGAGCUAAGAGCAACUUCAUUCAUGUCCACAAAUGCUGGAAAAAUGAUUUCCCAUCCUACUACUGCUCUGCUAUUUAUUAUGUCUUUUUUUUUCAUACUCUCAUUUGUGUGUCGGCCACAGCAGCAGCAGAUGAAUAUAUUCAUUCUGUUUUGUUAAAUGCUUAUUAGACUUUAAUUAAUUUGCGGUUUAUGAAACUUGUGUUUU